AUGACAGCUGAUAGGAAUCUAUAUGAUGUUGCUGAUGCUGUAGUCAUGCACCAUGUAGAUAUCAUGUAUGACAAAAAGUCAUUACCCCAGAAACCAAGACCUUAUUUUCAGCGUUGGGUCUGGUUCAACUUGGAGCCCCCAUUAAUCAUCACAAACUUAUAUUUUCUAGACAACCUUUUCAAUUUGACAAUGACAUUCCGUCAGGAUUCUGAUAUCUACAUACCAUAUGGUAGAAGUGAAACCUUGAAGAAGCCUCAGAACUUCACCAUUCCAGCCAAGUCCAAGUUGAUCUCUUGGGUAGUCAGUAAAUUGUACACUGGCUCACCUCGUGAAAUAUAUUAUGAGGAAUUGAAAAAACACAUCCAGAUAGAUAUGUAUGGUCAACGACACACAAAACUGAAUAAGGAAGAUUUCCAUAAAACUAUAUCCCAGUACAAAUUUUAUCUGUCAUUUGAGAAUUCUAUUUAUAAGGAUUAUAUAACUGAGAAAUUCUGGUCAAAUGCAUUUAAUUCAUGGGCUGUACCAGUCGUGUUGGGACCAUCUCGCAUGAACUAUGAGCGUUUUAUGCCUGGGGAUGCCUUCAUUCAUGUAGACGAUUUUUCCAGUCCUAAGAAACUUGCUGCUUAUCUUCUUGAGCUGGACAAGGAUGAAGAGCAGUACAAGAAAUAUUUUAACUGGAGAAAAUACUAUCGAAUAAAGAUAGAGGAUGGGUGGGCUAUUUGGUAUUGCAAAGCCUGUUGGGCACUGAAACAGAACAGAGAAUACCAGACAAUUCCUAGUGUGGCCAAAUGGUUUCUCGAAAAUGGCAAGCUAUAG